AAUCACCAAACUCUCUCAAUUCAAAGACCGUAACGGAUAAGAAGAAGAAGAAGAUGGGGAAUCUGAGUUUCGUGUUGCCGGCAUUAGGGUUUCUGCUGUUGUGCUGUGCUGUGUCAGCCAAGCAACCUUCGACGAACGUCAAGUACAAGGACCCGAAACAGCCAUUGCGAACAAGGGUCAAGGAUCUGAUGAGCCGAAUGACACUGGAAGAAAAGAUCGGUCAGAUGGUUCAGAUCGAUCUCAGCGUCGCCAAGCCCGAAGUGAUGACGAAAUAUCUCAUCGGGAGUGUACUAAGUGGAGGAGGAAGUGUUCCUGCGCAAAAGGCGAGUCCCGAAACUUGGGUGAACGCGGUGAACGACAUCCAGAAGGCGGCCCUCUCGACCCGUCUCGGGAUCCCGAUGAUCUACGGGAUCGACGCUGUUCACGGCCACAAUAACGUGUACAAUGCCACCAUUUUCCCACACAAUGUAGGACUUGGAGUCACCAGGGACCCGAAACUUGUUAGAAGGAUCGGAGAAGCAACUGCACUCGAAGUCAGAGCCACCGGGAUUCAAUACGCCUUUGCGCCUUGCAUUGCAGUUUGUAGAGAUCCGAGAUGGGGACGAUGUUACGAGAGCUACAGCGAGGAUCACAGGAUAGUGCAGCAAAUGACCGAAAUCAUAACCGGUUUGCAAGGCGAUCUCCCUGCAAAACAAAAGGGUAUUCCUUUUGUUGAUGGGAAGAGAAAGGUGGCGGCAUGUGCAAAACACUUUGUAGGAGAUGGAGGGACAGUGAGAGGGAUCAACGAGAACAACACAGUCAUCGACAAGAAAGGACUGUUCAACAUUCACAUGGCCGCUUACCACGACGCCGUCGACAAGGGCGUCGCCACUGUUAUGAUCUCCUACUCCUCCUUGAACGGCGUUAAGAUGCACGCCAAUAAGAAACUUGUCACCGGUUUCCUCAAAAACAAGUUGAAGUUCAAGGGUUUCGUGAUAUCGGAUUGGCAAGGCAUCGACAAGAUCACUUACCCUCCUCAUUCCAACUAUUCGUACUCCGUCUUCGCAAGUGUAACGGCGGGAAUCGAUAUGAUCAUGGUGCCGUACAACUACACCGAGUUCAUCGACGAGAUAACGAGUCAGGUGAAGAGGAAGAUCAUACCGAUGAGAAGGAUCAACGACGCCGUGGAGAGAAUCUUGAGGGUUAAAUUCACCAUGGGACUGUUCGAGCAUCCGAUGGGCGAUCAUAGCCUCGCAAACCACCUCGGUAGCAAGGAACAUAGAGAAUUGGCUCGGGAAGCGGUGAGGAAGUCGUUGGUAUUGCUGAAGAACGGCGAAAACGCGGAUUCGCCGAUACUUCCAUUGCCAAAGAAGGCGAAGAAACUGCUCGUAGCCGGGACGCACGCCGAUAACUUGGGGAAUCAGUGCGGUGGAUGGACGAUCACAUGGCAAGGCCUCAACACAACCGAUCUCACUAUCGGUACAACCAUCCUCACUGCGGUGAAGAACACGGUGGAUCCGACCACACAAGUCGUCCACAUCGAGAAUCCCGACCGAGAAUUCGUCGAAUCCAACGGAUUUGACUACGCGAUCGUUGUGGUGGGUGAGCCGCCUUACGCGGAAGGGAAUGGAGAUAGUACUAACCUGACAAUACCUGAACCCGGUCCGAGCACCAUAACCAAUGUUUGCGGAUCAGUGAAAUGUGUGGUGGUGAUCGUUUCGGGCCGUCCCGUCAUAACCCAGCCAUACAUUUCGGGUAUCGAUGCACUCGUGGCGGCCUGGCUUCCCGGAACUGAAGGCCAAGGAGUGGCUGACGUUUUGUUCGGUGACUAUGGCUUUACCGGGAAACUGGCUCGGACGUGGUUCAAGACUGUUGAUCAGCUUCCGAUGAAUUUCGGGGACCCGAAUUACGACCCAUUGUUCCCGUUCGGGUUCGGGUUAACGACGGAGGGGAAGAGACAGUAUAUGUCCAAGUAACCAUUAGAAAGGAACAAAAAGCUAUAAGCUCUUUGUGAAUGGGCGAAGAAUGUAUUUGUCCUACCAAAUCAUUUCAAACAUGAGGACAAAAAGAAGAUAAUAAUGUGAGAUUCGUUGUAAAGAAUUUCGUGUACAUACACUUAUAGAUCUACUUAUAUCUAUGAAGUAUUAUACCAUAUGUUU